AUGUGGACUAUCUGCAUUUUGUUUGUGCCCCUUGUGGCGGCCAGCUCCAAUACAAGACUUCUAAAUGGCAUCCUUAAUCAUGUGGACAAGGAAGCCAGUCCCUGUGAAAAUUACUACAAUCACGCCUGCGGGGAAUACAAUAUUCGUCACAUCAACGACUCCUUUUUCGAUAUUAUACAAAUGCUGGAUCACCAGGUUAACCAGAACUUGGUAAAACUAAUGGACGAACUAGAGCGAAGUUCACAAUCGCCGCUCUUUAAGGCAUCCAGUGUAGAUGGCAAGAUCCUUCGUUACUACCUCAGUUGCCGUGGAGCACCGCGAAAUAUGGGAGAUUUGGGCCAGUAUCUGAAACUAGUUUUCCCAGGCGAAGGACUCACAUGGCCCCAGUUCAUCGCGAAUGGUAGUUCUUGGCCUCAGAAAGAAUUUAAAUGGCUUGACACCCUGGCUCAUCUGCAUCGCUACGGUCUAACUAACGUUUUUUUUAACCUUGACAUCGUGCCAAACCCACGAAAUGCGAGCGAGUACCUGGUCGAAUUAGAUAUUCCCACAUUUGUAGAUGAAUCCCAACUGCCGAACAGUUUUAUUGAAAUUCUAUCCAUUCUCUAUAUCAUGAAGGUCCCUUCCAGUGAAAUCAUUCCUCUGGCGCGAAAAAUACGGAAUCUAGAAUUGUCGGUUAAAACGAUAAUCAAUCCGAACGACGUAUUGAAUGCAUAUAUCAAUAUUCGCGACUUGGAGAGAGAAUCCGGUCACAACUGGCAGCGAUUCUUUGAGAUUUUAAUAGGUGCCAGCGCAUCCCCAGAACUCCAAGUGUUGGCGCGCAAAUUUGGGUACUUUUCUGUCCUCAAGGAACUAAUAGACAAACAGGAUGCCCGGGUGGUGGCCACCUACAUAAUGAUCCGAUUUGCAAGAUUUCUAUUUGAUGAAUUCACGAACGCCAGAGAAUCCAUGGAUUGUGUAUCCCAUGUGCGCCGCAACUUGAAUUUGGCUGCGAGCAUGCUCUACAAGGAGCGAUUUAUUGAACCCUCCGCAUUCAGAGCCAGCUUCGUGGAAAUUAACAACAUGUUCGAGGAACUACGCCGUCAGUUUCUGCUGAAAGUCGAUCAAAAUCAUCUAGAGUUGACCGCUUGGCAGAAGAACUUCGUCGUUAGAAAGGCAGAGAAAGUUGAGAUCAACGUGGGGAAUUUGCCAAAAACCAAUGAUCUCCGCAACUUCGUCAGCCAGUACUACCAAGACCUGAAAUUUCCCACUGGUCAGCUAGAUUUCCAUCAAGAGCACCUCAGGGUGCUGCAGUUUCGCACCCAAAAGAUGUUGGCCCAAUCCAGGAAAGCGCACUGAGAGGAGGAGGAUAUUUUCACAUACUGGAGCCGAGCAGUGCCAUUGCCUCCACCUCAACCAUUUUUCCAGCCGGAUAGCGAAGAUGUUUUCAAAUACAGCCUGAUGGGAUAUAUUUUGGGACAUCACUUGAUAAGCGCCUUUGAUACUGAAGGCAUUACAGUUGACACCGACGGAAACGAUCAACAAUUUAGAUCGCAACGUUUUGAAGAAGGAGUCACUUGCUUGUCACGCAAUGGAAAGAACAUAGAUGAAAGCAUGGGGGAUAUUGCUGGUCUGGAACUCGCCUAUUCUACAUACUCUAAAAAGGCGAAGAAUCGAAACCGUUUGGACUUUACCCAUGUGCCACCGGAGCAGAUAUUCUUCCUAAACGCCGCCCAGUUCUUCUGCGGCAAUAGCGAUAUGUUGGAUCAGUACGAGGAAUAUGAAGUGCGUUUACAGAGAGCUAUCGACGGGUUUGAGCCAUUUGACAAGGCUUUUGGAUGUAGCCGAAUUAAGCCUCAGCACGAGAAGUGUCGGUUGUGGUGA